AUGGUCGAUGCGCUCUCUUGUGUCCGAUGGAAACGUCACCAGGAUGCUUUAAUCGAGUUAUCUGAACAUGGAAUAGUCUUAAUCGUUGAGGAAUCAGGUUGUCUUCAAGCCAAGGUUUAUCUUCAACGCGAGUUAUUCACGAAAUACGAGUAUGGAGCUCAAGGGAGACCGAGAUUUGGAAUCAGCUUAGGUCUACUUGUUGAUUGCUUGAACACAUUCUCAUCUCCUGGACAUUCAAAUACUAUUGAAAUCAAGUAUCCAGGUCCUGAUAUGGAGCUUCUUCUCAAAUCUGUUGAUACCUUAAACUCGUGUAUCUACUCUGAGAUAAGAACGAGAAUCCCAGAGACCGUCGCGUGGGACUAUAACUUUGAGCAGGCAGGAAGCGCACCGCUUACUUUUACCGUAAAGUCAGCGGCGUUGAAAGAAGCGAUAGAUGAUCUUGAAUGGCCUGGAUCAAGUGUACAGAUUAGCCUUCAUAAUUCUCCUCCUUGUGUUACCUUUAGAGGAGAAGGACACGGAGACUUACAGAUUGACUUCAUGUAUUAUGCCAACACAGAUCUUCUCCUUGCCUUUCAUUGUGAUACCGAAGUCUCUUACGGAUACAAAUACAAGUUUUUGAAGGCAACAACCGCAAAUAUACCGGGGAACGUUGUGAGAGAAAACAGGGGAAGUAAACUAACAAUAGGAAGAGGAGGAAUGCUGAAAGUUCAACACUUGGUUUCGGUUUCUAAAGCUUUAGCACCACAAGUCGAAUCUGCAGGGUAUCAACCGCCGAGUCGGAUUGCUUAUAUAGAGUUCUUUGUGAAGCCUGAAGAAUCUAGUGAUUGA